AUGUCUGGCGUACUCGAACCGUUCCAGGAGCUUACUCCAGAUAAUCGCGGCCCCGUCGUGGUAGUAGUAUCGUUUAAUCUGAUCGUCAUCACGCUCAGUAUUGCCGCCAUCCGCGUCGCACUUGCUCUUCGUCAUCGACUUGAGCUUAUGUUUGAUGAUGUGACUUUUGCGCUGGCCGUAGCUUUUGCAGUCACAAAUUCCGCCCUUCUUUAUCGGGCUGUGCUUGCUGGCCUUGGAAGACACGACACAAGUCUUAGCCCGGCAGGUCUUACCUCGUACUUCAAGCUUGUCUAUGCGGGCCAACUUGCCGGUAUCAUCGCCAUGGCAUCGGCCAAGGCGUCCGUUGUGAUGCUGUUCAAGCGGGUAGCACCAUCAGUGCAUCGCGGUUACUAUAUCGCCCUCGCACUCACUGCUGGCUGGGCAGUCUUUUGUUUCUUCAGCUUGGCGUUUCAGUGCCCAUUGCCUGAGCUAUGGCGAUUCGCACCAUCGCGGUGCCCCUCGCGCAGUUCUCUGAAUUACGCGGUUAUUAUAUCGAACAUGGUAACAGAUGUGAUCCUUGCCGUGGGUGCCUAUCGGAAAAUCUGGAAGUUAAAGAUGGCCAAGGCCGCGCGGAUUAAAGUGAUAAGUCUAUUCGGAACGAGGGUUCUCGUGUCUCUCGUAGCUAUAGGCCAGAUUGUUGCAGUGGGCAAAUCUUUGCGUUCAGCAGAUCAAACGUGGGCCAGCUUAGACCUAGCGAUCUGGGAUCAGAUCGUUAUCCACUUCUCCGUGAUCACCGCGACGAUUCCACGCACGAAUUCCUUCUGGAACAGUCUCCAAACCGGCAAAACCGGCACCUACGUUACGCAAGAGGAGUACGAGCUCAGCGACUCGCGGGGCGGCAGCACCGGGAUGUUCACGAAGCGGUCCGGAAGCACGCGGCCCAAGUCCAAUCUCCAAUCCAACCUCCGCAGCCAGGACAACUCGCCUUUCCCUCUUGUACCUCCAGUCGAGUCGAAAGUCAGCACCCGCGCGUACGCUAGCACCUCGGAAACCCACUACGACGACUUCCGCAGCCAGGCCAUCAUGGGCGGGGCCGAAGAUGAAGACUCUAGCCAAUCCAGUCUUAAGCAACGAGGCCUCCAUGGGGAAAUCUGGCGGGAUGUGGAGGUUUCGAUCCAGGUGGAGGAUGCAGAUACCAGGAGCAGAUCGGGAAAUGGUGUCGCAUUUUAA